GCGAACUCUGUAGAAAGCUUGUGUGCAAAACACAGAUGUGCAGACCGCAGUCUUUGUUCUAAAAUUGUAAGAAAAAUGGUUUAAGGAAAUGUCCCUGUAUUCCGAACCUGAUCAUGUUCUCCAACUGAUCACUGGUCUCCUGGACCAGCAGAAGGCUCAACAACAUUGUGAUGUUCUUCUCCAGCAUGGGAGAACUGUCUACCCUGUUCAUGCAGCUGUGUUUUAUAUCUUCUGUGGGGGACCAUCUUCAUGUCAGAAGCUCCCAAGCUGUGAAACUAUUGACCUGUCUGCAUGUAAAAGUUUAGAUAGCUCCUUGAUAGACAAUUUCAUCCUCUACCUGUACACAGGGAACUUACACGUGGACCAGACCAACAAACAGGAACUGAACCAGCUGGCAGAUUUUGUAGAUUGUUCUGCACUAAAGCAGAAAUUAAAUCAACUGACAGAAAACCUAACAAGUAAACCUCUCAGGUUUGAGACUGAAACUUUAAGACUGAAAAAAAUCCUGAAUCUCUCAAGAAUUAAUGAAACUUCAAAAAUGCUAGAAUUACAUCAAGAAAAAUUAGAAACAAAAAACCUCAAGUCUGAAUCUGAAAUUACUGAAGAAAUUCUAAAAUUAGAAACUAGUCUAAAUGAAGCUAAACAUAUACCAUGUAAGACUGAUUUUCAAGAACUGAAAGAAAAGACUGAUUCAUAUAAACCUAAAAGACCAUGUUCGAAACCUUGGAAAGCUGAGAAACCAGAAAAUACAAAGAAAAUAAAGAAAAAUAAAUGUCUGAGGGAUUCAAAUGAAGAAAUUACUCCUCAACUUGAAAACGAGAACAAGAAGUUUGAGUGCAAUUAUUGUGGAAAAAAAUUCAGGUUCAAACAUUGUCUAAGGAAUCAUGAAUUCAUUCAUAAGACGGAAAAAAAGUUCUUGUGUGAAGAGUGCGGUUUCUCAACCCAACAUUUUAACACGAUGAAAACACACAGACAGGGGCAUUCAGGAGAAUACUUCCGGUGUACUUUGGACAAGUGUUCAUUUAAGACAUUCAGACGGCAGAACUUGACAGAACAUAUGAAAACGCACAGCAAUGCAACCAUUCUAUGUGAUAUUUGUGAUACAAAGUUUGCACAUCUGAAGAAUCUGCGAAGACACAUGAAGAUGCAUGACAAGUCGGGCACUCUAACCUGUCCAUAUUCUGACAAGGGAUGCAGUUUCACAUAUUUAAGAACUGACAAGCUGAAACUGCACUUGGGGAGAAUACAUAAAAAGCAUAUUUCUUCUUCUUCAGAUAAACUAGUUAUAUCCUCAAAUAUACCAACCAAAAGUAUUCACCUUCAAUUAAAAACUCUGCCAAGCACAAGAGAGAAAUCUCAACCCUCCGCUCAGGUCAGACCGAAGUUCCACUUUGAAACGGUCAACCAGAAGACAGAGAUUAAACUUGACUCGGUCAGACCAAAGAUUAACCUUGACUCGGUCAGACCGGAGAUUAGCCUGGAAUCAUUGAGACCGGAGAUUAACCUGGACCCCGUCAGAUCAAAGUCGGAGAUUAACCUGGACCCGGUCAGAUCAAAGUCGGAGAUUAACCUGGACCCGGUCAGAUCAAAGUCGGAGAUUAACCUGGACCUGGACAGACCGGAGAUCAACCUGAAUCCGACUAAGCGACACAAGGAGAUAAAUUUGAAUUUUAAGAUAUCCGGAGAUCAUAAUCUUGCAGGAGGAAUCUGUAUGGAUACUCUUAAGUUUAUAGGUCCUCCUAAUACUGAAGUUACUACAUGUACUGCAUACAUUUAGAAGACAGCAACUACAAACUUUAAAAAUGCAAAAAACAACUUUUCAACAAUCAAUCAAUCAAAUAGCAACAGCAUGCUAUUUAUUCAAAACAUGCUAAGAUAAAAUCAAAAUAAACUAUUCUUUUAUGAAAUUUAAUGCUUUCCUAAUAAAAGUUUAUUCUAAUAAAGCAAGGUUGGGAAUCAAGUGCUGACUAAAGAGACGACUGUAUGGAAUCUCUGUUUGUUUUCUUCUAUUCAUGAUUCCCUGCAACUGUAAGCUUGUUUCUUUCUUUUACAAAUCAUUAAAUACGCCAUUAAAAGAUUAAAGAGGUAUACAACUUAAUUUAACUCUGAGCUUGCACUAUUUUCAACAAGUUUUAGGUCGUCUUUACAGCACUGUACACAUUCCAGUUAAUUUCAUGUACCGGGCCGGAACUAGCCAGAGCAAGCUGUACAGUACAAAUACAGACAAUAUUAGGAAAAACGGUACAGUGCGUCUAAUGAAUGACUCCCUCCUACUGAUAUUAAUGUGACAUGUUUCAUUCUUUGUGGCUAACCCUGUAGUAGUCAUAACACUUAAGAAUCACAAAAUCACAUUUCUUAUUAAAAUAAAUAGCAAAGACGACACUGAUUCUCGUUCAACACAGGGUCCAACACAAAGGAUAAGACUGUAAAGACGACUUUAAAGUCAGAUAUACCGAUUCUAAGGUUAAAUGAAAUCUUCCGCUUUGAAUAUAGUCUUUUGAUUUGAUGACAGGGAAUCAUGAAUGCUAAGAAACAUGAGAGUAUAAAACCAGAGCCUGCGAUUUAAAAACUUCGGCUCGAGCCAUAACUCCAUAAACCCCACUUUAAGACCCGAUCUUCGACCUAACUCUGACGACAGCUUGUGUCACGUGAUUGACUUAAGGAGUUAGGCCCAAUGAAAAUAAAACCUUGGUUGGGUUUAG